AUGUCCAAUCUUGGCAUUGGAAAAUCGAGUGGAUCCGUUCAAAAAAUCUCUCAACUAAAUUAUAUUGAACCGUUCAAUUUAGAUUUACGUACUUCUCAGUCAACUGUUGAACGUGUUAAUAAUCCUAUAACCACAACGUCAUCAACAUCAUCAUCACUAUCAGAAACAAUCACUACAAUAUUGUCAACACCGCCGGCAACAGGAACACCGAUGACAACAGGCUCCACAACGUCAGUAUCUACAGCCAUAAAAACAAUACGUCUGAUUAAAAAACCCUCUACAACCUCGACGACGUCUACAAUGAUGAGUUCAGUCAGUAGUAACAGUUCAUCAGCAGCUUUUACAACAAAUCCAAUCGAAACUCCUUCUCAUCAUCAUCAUCAAUCCAGUGUAAUAAGUCGUCUACAACAUUUAAUCAAUACGUCAUCAACUACACCAAAGUGUCCGCCUCCGCUUCCUAGCGCUAAUACUAUCCUACCUCAGUGUGAUUCACCACUACCUCAUACUACUAACACUUUUAGUAAUAGUAGUAUAAUUCAUACAACAACAACUAGUACUACUACUACUAAUGCUGGAGAAGAUGAUGAGCAUAUUGAAUAUCGUGAAAUUGAUCCAAUCAGUACAAAUGCCUUGGCUAUUGUCACAGAACGAUUUGGAUAG